AUGAUUCUUAUUCUCAGUUUCACUAUCAUUUUUGUUAUUCUUGUUUUCCGACAACAUCUUAAAGUUAAAAGACUUCCACCUGGUCCCACUCCUCUUCCAGUCAUUGGAAACAUCCCACAACUGGUCUACCAGUCAUGGAGACACAAAGGAAUAGUUCCAGUUUUUGAUUAUUUUAGAAAGAAAUAUGGGAAUGUCUUCACUCUCUGGCUGGGUCCAUUUCCUCAUAUCAGCAUCGCUGACUAUGAAACCAGUCAUGAAGUCUUUGUGAAGAAUGGAAACCACUACAAAAAUAAGGUUUUGCCACCCAUCUUUGAACAUUUCUGUGAUGGUUUUGGAUUGCUUUUUGCUAAUGGAGAGAUUUGGGCAGAGAUGAGAAGAUUCACAAUGUUGACGUUCAGAAAUAUGGGAGUUGGCAGAAAUAUUAUGGAGGAAAGGCUGUUGAACGAAAUUGAUAAAAGAUGUGCUGAACUAAACAACACUGAAGUCGAUGGGAAGAUUAUUGUCAAGCAUAAUGAAUUCUUUGAGCUAAUUACUGGAAGUUUCAUCAACAGCAUUCUUGUUGGACAACGUUUUGAAGAUCACAACAUGGAAGAAUUCUACCAUAUGAGGAAGCUUAUAAACGGUAUAAUUGAAGUUUUCACCAUUUUCGACACAACGACUGCUGUAUGGAUUCUCAAGUAUUUCUUCCCACAAAGAUAUGCAAAAUCGAAGAACGGGUGGAAUGGAAUCAGUGACUACGUCGGUCAAGCGGCGGAGAAAAGAUUGGAAGACAUCAAAUCAGGAAAAUAUAUUUUGGAUGAAGAGAACCCGAAAGACUUUAUUGAUGCAUUCUUUAUCAAAAUGGAGAAAGAAAACCAAAGUGGUGGACACCCAGCGUACACAAUGAAAUCGUUGAAAUACACGCUAUUGGAUCUAUGGACAGCCGGACAUGACACUACAGCAGCCACGUUGACUUCUGGAUUCAAUCAGCUUGUGAAUAAUCCUGAAGUCAAGGAGAAGUGUAGAGAAGAGCUCAUGAAAAUUACCAACAAUGGAUCUAGGCCCCUGAGUCUGAAUGAUCGAAGUCAAACUCUUUAUUUAAAUGCAACGAUAGCUGAGAUUCAACGGCAUGCAUCAAUAUUGAAUGUUAACUCAUGGAAGACUUGUGAUGGUCCAACAACAGUAAACGGAUACCAAUUGGAUUCAGGGGAUAUUAUCACAGCACAAGUUAGUGCAUUACAUGUGAAUGAUGACAUUUUCAAGAAUGCAGACAAGUUCAACCCGGAUAGAUUUCUGGAGAAUCAAAAACUGUUUCAUCAACUCAUCCCAUUUGGAAUUGGAAAGCGAUCGUGUGCAGGAGAGAACUUGGCUAGAUCUAAUUUGUAUUUGAUGUUCGGAAACUUGCUGCUCCGUUACGACGUUCAACCACAUAAAAAGUUGCCAUCCACUACUGAGCAAUUUCCAUUCACUUCCGCAAAAGUACCUGACCACUCCUCUAAACUUGAAUUUGUCCGUAUUUAA